AUGGCUGAAAAAUCCAAAGCUCAAGAUGACGGCUUCGUCACGGUGAAGACCUGGCUCCCGACGCUCCCAUUUCCGCGCAACGAAGACAGGGAGGAGAUCGUCACGGAGAGGCUCAUCAUUAGGCCAUGGAAGCUGGAUGAUGUGCCUGCAGUUCACGUCAUUCGCACACAGCCCGAGGUUAUGAUGUGGACGUCGCAAGCAAGACCAGAUGUAAACCUGGCCGAGACGGAGGCAAAGGUCAAGCUGUUCACGGCGCCCAACGACGUCGCGAAUUUCAACUUUGUGAUCUGCGACAAGGCGACGGGCGAGAUGAUAGGGUUGGGAGGCAACUGGCCCGAGCUCGGCUACAUUCUGCGAAAAGAAUAUUGGGGCCGAGGGCUCGCGACCGAAUUUCUCCGGGGUUUCCUCGAGGCGUAUCGCAAGCUGCCUCGGUCGCAAGUAGAGUUGCGAGUGGCGGCGACGUCAAUCGUGCCAUCUCUGAUCGAUGGCGAGAUGGCCGACGAGUUGCUGAUAGCACAGGUCGAGCCCUCCAACGUCCGUUCCCACGGUGUCAUGAAGAAGGUUGGCUUCGAGUACUUUACAGAAAUUACCGAAUACGAUGCACAUAACCCGUCAAAGCCAGUGACGUUGGCGGUUUAUCGAUAUCUUCCCGCUAGGGCAGAAGAGUCUCGUUGAAAAACAAAAACGACAUACUGUACAGAAAUGUAGCAAAUUGGCUAGACUAGAUAGUGCUAAUUUUAGCCUUGGCCAAAGUACCUUUUCUUGGCUUGCUUGGAUACAUCAGAAGAAGAAGAAGAAGAAGAAGAAGAAGAAGAAGAAG